AUGGAGAGAAAAUUUAUGUCCUUGCCUUCGUCUAUCUCCACAUCAGAAAUAGAACCCAAUGGCACCUUCAGCAAUAACAACAGCUAUAAGAAUUGCACAAAUGAAAACUUCAAGAGGGAUUUUUAUCCUAUUGUGUAUCUGAUAAUAUUUGUCUGGGGAGCCUUGGGAAAUGGUUUUUCCAUAUAUAUUUUUCUGCAGCCUCAUAAGAAGUCCACGUCUGUGAAUGUUUUCAUGCUAAACUUGGCCAUUUCAGAUCUCUUGUUUACAACUACACUACCCUUCAGGGCUGACUAUUACAUCAGAGGCUCCAACUGGAUAUUUGGGGACUUGGCCUGCAGGAUUAUGUCUUAUUCCAUGUAUGUCAACAUGUACAGCAGCAUUUAUUUCCUGACUGUGCUGAGCAUUAUGCGCUUCCUAGCAACUGUUCAUCCCUUUCGGUUCCUCCAUGUCACCAGCAUCAGAAGUGCUUGGGUUCUGUGUGUGAUCAUAUGGAUCUUUAUCAUGGCUUCCUCAACAAUGCUUCUGAACAGUGGCUCUGAGCAGAAGGGUAAUGUCACAUUAUGCUUGGAGCUGAAUUUAAAUAAAAUUAUUAAACUGAAGACCAUGAACUAUAUCUCCUUGGUGGUGGGCUUCCUGCUGCCAUUCUGCACACUCAACAUCUGUUACCUGCUGAUCAUUCGAGCCUUGUUAAAGAUGGAAGUCCCAGAGUCAAGGCUGCGAGUUUCUCACAGGAAGGCACUGACCACCAUCGCCAUUGCCUUGAUCAUCUUCCUUCUGUGUUUCCUGCCCUAUCACAUACUGAGAACCUUCCACCUGGCUGUGUGGGAAGUGAAUACAUGCAGAGAAAGGCUGCAUAAGGCCGUGAUCAUCACACUGGCCUUGGCGGCAGCAAAUACCUGCUUCAACCCUUUGCUUUAUUACUUCGUUGGGGAGAAUUUUAAGGAGAGACUAAGGUCUGCAUUCAGAAAAGGCCAUCCACAGAAGACAAAGUACAGCUUUCUUGGUUGUGUGUGGUUAAAAAAAUGAAACAAGAAUGGAAGGGGUCAUUAGGUAAGGCCUGUGCUUGUCUUCUCGUGUCCACCUUUAUUCACACAUAGUCUCCAAAUGAGCAUAUAUUUACACCAUUUCCAACAAGGUUGAUUCCCAACAUUUACUUGAUACGAUUUGGGUUCAGACUAAUGUCACUGCAGUUUUCAGUCCUACAUGUUAAUCCAUUAGGAUGGGAGCCAGAAUAGAGGAGAUGGCUCUAAGGGUUUGGUUGGCCCUCAAGAGAGAGUGGUGUGGAAGACAAGUUGCAGAGGUUGUUAUACCCCUGAAAUUCUAUUAACA